UUGUACUCAUCUGCUUUCUCCCUCUCCCCCCCUCCCCAUUUCUUUUCAGUUGGCAGGAGGAAUCAUUCUUGGUGUGGGAUUAUGGCUUCGUCAUGAUUCACAAACCUCGCUCAUCUUGCAGUCGUCACUAGAUGACCAGCACGCUCCUAACACAUUCUACAUUGGAAUCUACAUUCUGAUUGCAGUUGGAGCAGUGAUGAUGUUUGUGGGUUUCCUAGGAUGUUAUGGAGCUAUCCAGGAAUCACAGUGCCUUCUGGGAACAUUUUUUACAUGCCUUGUCAUCUUGUUUGCUUGUGAAGUGGCUGCUGGCAUCUGGGGAUUCGUUAAUAAGGAUCAGAUUGCCAAAGAUGUCAAACAAUUUUAUGAUCAGGCAUUGCUUCAAUCGAAAGACAAGGAUGAGAACAAAGCAAAAAAGGCACAAGCUGUUGUGAAAACCUUCCAGGAAACACUAAAUUGUUGUGGUGGAGGUCUUUCAGAGUUGAUGACUUCUACCUGCAGUGCCACAGAAUUGUUUACAAAAGAAAAAAAUUGUCACUAUAAAAUUGACGAACUAUUCUCUGGAAAGCUGUAUUUGAUUGGCAUUGCUGCCAUAGUGGUGGCCGUAAUCAUGAUCUUCGAAAUGAUCCUGAGCAUGGUGCUGUGCUGUGGCAUCAGGAAUAGCUCUGUCUAUUGAGGAGCAGAAGAACAGGGCAAAGCAGUGGUGCCGAAGCAACCCCAAGUGCCGCUGCCUGAUCAGGAGAUGCUUGUAACAAAAACAAAGAAAACUAUGUAUAUACCUAUUUCAGAUAUUAUCAUACAGAGCAUAUCAUUCUUACUUGGAAGUCUUCUUGUUCAUUUUAAGGGGUGGGGGAAGGGGGAGUUUUCUGUAUAUUUGUGGCAGAGUUAGUUACACAUCAGUUUAUGGGGUAAAAAAAGCUAUCAUGCCAGUGGUUCCAGGCCUCUAUCAGAGAUAGCCUUUCUCUCCCUCUUCUCAGCCAUUGUUCCCAUUGGACCCAGAUGGAAUUUAGGAGUUUAUUCUUCAAGGAGUGUAUCCUUAUGAGGAACAUGGAAAGUGUUUUGCUUCCCAAGAGUGGUUAUUUUUUUUUCCCUCUGGAGGAGAUAAAGUAAAAUCUUCCUGUUCCAACUUUUUUUGUCUUGAUUAUAAGAAAUCUUGGAUUCUUGGACUAAAUGUGUGAGCAUAAGUGUACAAGAGUCCCUGAGCAGAAUUAAACUCUUUUGCUGUUCUGUUACUAAACAUGCACAUUUGUCAAUAUUUUUAUAAUAAUAACAUCCCUUUCAUUAAAAAGACUUGUUUCAUGAAUUUGCAUAAAUCUAUUACCAUGAUUUCCAUUAUGUUUCCUGGAGACAAAGCAUGGAUACAAGUCACAGCCAAGUCUUCACAAGAUACUAAUUUAUAGAAAGGAAGACUUAACCCCCAACCUGGUUUCUUAAUUUUGAUGUAACUCUCUUUUUUUAAAUGUAGAUCUAAUAAUGGAAUAUACACUCUUUUAAUAUCUUAACACAUUGCUUACAUUAUUACUUUUGCUGCAAAUAUUGCCUAACAUUGUUUGCUCGGUAAAUGUGAAAUAUUCUGAUGCCAAAAAUAACUGUUGGGAGAAACCAGUUAAACAAUUUCUGGAGACCUAUUCAUCAAAUAUGGUUUGUUGAGAGAAACCAAUUAAAUAAUUUCUGGAAACCUGUUCACUAAAUGUAACUUGUUGGUUUUUAAGGAGGCACCUAUUCUGUGUCACUGAAAAGCCUUUAAUAAAGCUGGAUAAUAUUCCUCAAGAUACCUAGGGAUAUGACCCCACAAAUAAAACUUUGAACCUGUUCUCCAAUAGGCAUCCUGUACAGACCAUGAUGACAAAUUAUUUUUUUAUUGCAUAGUCACAAUGCCAACCUCAGCCUUUCAUACUUGUGAUCUGGCAUCAGACCACAAGUACCCAAAUCACAAGGUUUUUGCAUCAUGACAUGCAUUUCAUCAUUUAUCCCUACAGAUGCCUGUGUAUUCUCAUUUCUACACACCAGAAAUAGAACAGAAAAACUAUAAGCUGAGCAAUUUUCCAGAACUCAUCCAUCACAGUUCCAGACAAAUAUCUCUUUCAUAUCUGUCCAGCUGAUAGCUCAAGAAAUUAUUUUCUCUUUGAUUGGCUUAUGAUUUCUGACCAUUCUUCCCCACUUAUCUAUCCUUUGUGCAAAAUUGAAAAUUGUCUUGUUCUUUACCCCAGCUCCACUAACUGUAUCUUCUGUUAGUCUCCAGAUGUUUGAAACCAUCAUCUGGGACAGUUGGUAUUGUUGUCCAAUAUAUCUGGAAGGUCCCAAGUCAGGGAAUGUACAUUGCUAUGUCAUCUGUGCCAUAGAAUGACCAUCUGCAUAGUGCUUUGUUUUGUUUUUGAAAUAAAGAAUUCACUAGUACAGAUAAUCCUAUCCUGUUACCACCUCUUAGUUCCUCAAGUUUAGCUUCUCUGCUGUUUUCGUGUUGUUCUUGCAGAAGUCAUUUUAAUCUUGGUUUCUUCUGCUGUGGUCAUAUCAGCUACAGUGGAUUCAACAGUAGUUGGAACAGGUGACCUGGACAUGAGCUGGAUCUAGCCACAUUUACCCAAAAGGAAGGCAGUCCUAAAGUUAAAAAUAUCAGUCUCUUCCCCUUGAAAGAGCAGAGAGAAAAACUCAACUGCCUUCUUUACCAUAUUCUUGUCUUUCUUUAAGGUAAAUUAUUUGGGGUAAAAACUGAUCUUCCUUUCAGGCAAGUGAAGCAAAUCUGUGUAAACUAGAAUCUCAGGGUACACAAGACACAUCAGAAAAUUAAAGUGUUGAUUAGACUUUUAUUUCUCUGUUUCCCUCUCUCCACACUGCCCCUUCUCCUCACUUUCUGGUGUAGGCAGCAACCAGACUUAAUUCCUCCAUAGGGAGUCUUUAAAUAUCUGUCCCAAAUCAGAAACAUUUUGUUUCUGGCAUCCUUAGGAAACUAUGUCUCAAGAGUCUUGCUGAUUAUGUUUGCAGGAAAUAAGGAAAACAUCUUUUAGCCUUAGAAAUAGCCUUAAAGCUACCCUGCCCUGAAUGUCAAGUUUUGCAUGCACUAAAAACAAAAGCGAUUCUGCCAGUCGACCCACCUUUCAAAGGCUUUGGGGUUACAUGAUCCAGUACAAUAGACUACAGUAUAUGUACAAAUCUUAGGUAUCAGUUGUGCAUGUACGUUUUAUCUACAUACAUAUAUUGUGUGUGUGCAUGUGCAUUGGAGUUACCAGAGUACCAAAUGGAUAUGUGUAACUCACGGCCUUCUAUUGAGUGUCCUUGAGAAAUGUGUAUAAAUGUACCACUAAAUAGUCUCUGUCUUGUUUUUCCUAUACUGUAUUUGAAUAUUGUUCAGCAUUCAGUCGGUAACAUAUAAGCAGCCAGAGUUCUCUUGAAAGUUACUUACUCUGUCCUCUAGCAGCUGAAAUGGAUCAAGUGCAUUAUUAGGAAAAAAGGUUAGCUUUAAGCAGAGGCCACUUUUUUAAAUAGAAGGUGUGGUGCUAUAGAUGAUUAUUGGAUAUCCUGGCUCGAUACAAGUUUUAAUAGGGCAAGGGGAAGCUGAGGAAAGCUUUUCCCCAGAUUGUGGGCAAAACCUGCCUAUUUGAAUGAAAAACAGAUACAAAUAGAUAUUUUAAAUGGAAAAGAGAAGGGGGUGCUUAAAAGAUAUCUGACCAUCUAGAAGUUCUUAUGAGGAGCAAAAUGCUUUUUGAGCAAAAGAUUGAAUGUGCACGCUGAGUUGCUCUUCUACUCUAAGUCAGGGGAUGUGGAAGCUGCUGGAUUUUUUAUUUAUACCUUUCAUUAAAAAAACACACAUUGGCAAGUAUGUUGCUUUUCCUCCUGGGAGAUUAGCAGAAAGAACUAAAGUUUGACAAGUAAAAGUUCUGAUAAGUUUGAAGUCUGAUUGGUAGAAUCAGAUUCCCAUUCUAAAAAGAGAAAAUUGAGCAGCAACUGAGCCCUAAGGCCAAGAGUAUUAAAUUAUUGCAUCUUUAGCAAAGUAAGGGUAGAGUAGAGAGCAUUUCCAAAAGAAGGAGAUUGUAAUGCUUAGUCAACAACAAAGAUAGGUAACAAGUGUCUUCCAGCUGUUUUGAAUGUUUACUGCCAAGAUCCUUUGUUUUUCUGCUGGGGCUGAUGGGAGUUGCAGUCCAAAACAUCUGGAGGGCAUCAGGCUGAUUAUUCCUGGUCUAGAGAAAUUGAAGAUCACAUUGGAAAACAAGUUACCCACUCUAUUACUUCAAGCUGCAGCUGACAAAUGAUGAACAGAAAUGAAAUUCAUGUAUUGAAAACCAGCUGAUGGGGGAGCUUCUUCUUGAUAUAUUGGGGGGUUUUUUUCUGUACGUAGAUUUUUUUUCUCUCUGUCUAGCAGAGCACACACAUGCAUGCUGUCUGAAGUGAUACAGUCUGACCAGUCCUGUUGUGUGAGCUGCUGUUUCUGUAAAUGUGCCUAAGUCCUUUUUCAGUACCAGUAAUGACAGGAUCUGUUUCCACUUUUCUUUAGCCUGUCUGCAAAGAGCUGAGGAAUUAGCAAAAGAGACACAGAUGCCUUCCAGAUUCAAAAACUGGCUGAUAAAUUGGUUAAUGAAGUAUCCCAUCUGUGGUACCAUCUGCCAUAAAAUCAAGCCAUAAAAGUGCCUAUGUUGAGAUUGAAGGAAUAGAAGAAUUCUCUUUCGGUACAGCUGUAAUGUUUGAAAGCAGAGGAAUGAAAAAAGCUCAUUCCUAAAAUGAGAUGAAAGGCUGAUAGAAUGAAGGCUUCGUGCCAAUCGGAGCUGUGUUCAACAAACUGUGAAGUUUUAUCUUCACAAGAAUUUAUGUUAGAUCUAAGAAAAUUCAUACUGGUUAUGGUUCCCAGACAAUGUAAGUUGGCAGAAUUGGGAUAUGAAUAUGCCCCAGUCUUAAUUUUUUAAGAUGCUUGGGGGAGGGUGGGAGGGAGAGAGAAAUUAUGAUAGAGAAGAAGUCUCUUAUGAAAAGACAGUGGAAGGACAGUGUUCCCUUUUAAGGCUGCUUAUUUAAGAAGGAGAGCAGACUUUCUCAAUCCUUUCCUCUCUAGCGUUUGGGGAAUUCUAAGAGUUGAAAUCCAGUAUUCUGGAGGGGACCACGUUGUGGAAGGUCAAUACAGUGGGAGGCCAAACUGAGCUGCUGGCAACAUGGAACUGGAUGCUUUAUUUUAUUUUAUAUAAGAGAACCUGUCACAAGCUAUGUUAACUUUUCUUCUUUGGCUUUUUUUUACUUUUAAAAAUUUCAAUAAACAUUUUCUCUAGUG